AUGGCAGCAACCACCACCACCACCAAAUCUAAGUGGAUGGCCACAAUCUCUGAAGUAGCCUUGCUGAAACGAGCCAUGAAACGUUGGAAGAGCAUCAACAUCAAACGUAAAGCCCUUCUCAUCUCUUCCAACCACUCGCCUUAUGCAAGUAAUGGUUCAACCUGUCGAAUUCCCUCUGGUUUCCUUGCUGUCUACGUUGGAGAAGAGCGCAUUCGGUUCUUGAUCCCAACUAGAUUCUUGAGGCUCGCAAUUUUCAAGGCCCUUCUUGAAAAAUCAGGGGAAGAAUAUGGAUUCAAGUUCAGUGGAGGCAUUGUGUUGCCUUGUGAGGUCGACUUGUUUAAACAAUUGCUCAAGUUUCUUGAUAAAGAUGAGAAGAAGUAUGGAAGGUUAGAGGUAAAUGAAUUGCUGAAAUUGAUUUCUGAAGUGGGUUAUGAUUCUUAUCCUUCAUGCAAGCAAUUUCGUUCUUCUUCUGAUCAUCAUGCCUUCCGUACACCUCUUUUGAAAGCUAGGGCUUGA